AUGGCAUCCUCAACCCCAGCCCCGCCCGGAACACCACCAGUACCACCAACGUACAAGGAACUCGAAGAACAAGUGGCGGGUCUUCAAACAAGCGUGGCGAGUCUUUCGAAACAGCGCGACGAUUUAGAGCAAAAAUGCGACAGAUACCUUAAUAGAAUGGGUGAAAUCCAGAAUUCCUUCAAGGAGGUUACGCCAGAUGACGCGAAGGAAGAUUACGACGGACUACUCUACAGCAUCAAGUCGUGGGUUGAAGAUUGGACAGAUCGUUUCAUCGACGACGGUCAAGCCUGCGACGAGUCAAUCAAACGGGUCCGUCAAAACCCGGCAGUCGUUUCCGACUUCAAGAAGCUUCUCGCCGAAUUUGGGGACAUUACCAACGCAAUCAGCUUAGGCUACUCCGAGGUCGAUCAAUCCCUUAUUAUCGCGCUCGUCAUUCGCUAUCUCGCUCUAAAGAUUUUCCGCACGACUUUAUGCGGCAUAAUGCCAGAUGCGCUCUUCGUGAUCGCAGAGAUAGAGAAGUCUAUACCACUCACCGCGGAUAAAAACAGCACCCUCCAGUUCCGCACCCAACUUAGUUCAGAUAUCGUUACUAUACGUAUUUGGAGAGCGCAGACUAUGAAUUUCUUGAUGGCCCACGCAGACGACAAGACCGCUCGAACGAAUGUCAUCGAGGGGCUGCUGGAUCAACUAUACGGAUUCUUCAAGUUCAUACCAACGCCGGGGCGGGAAAAAGCGUGCCGCGAAUCGAUCCGGACUGACCUAAUAGAGCCCGCUUUUAAACUUCACGAGAAGUUCAUGACCUCGUCCGUGCUGUACUCCCUGUCAGCUGAGGACCAGUUGUUUUCCGGGGCGAGAAUCAAUCCAGGCUUGGCAAUGGACAAGAUAGAUCCGCUUCUGAAAACAUUGGAAUACCUUGACGCACACAACCAAACCCCUCUCACCGCGGCCACUUUGACGCCCAAAAUUUCUAUUGGUCAAGUCCGAAAGGAUCUCCUCAAGUUGCUUACCGUGCGACCAGGUAUCAUUUGGAGUUACGCCCUUACGGGAACUAAUUUCGAGGCUCCUAAGCUUACCUAUCAGGCGAGCGCGACGGUCAAUUGGACACCCGAUGAGAAGAAGAAAAAAAGGCAAGUACCCACGGAGGAGCAGACCUGGCUUCGGACUGCAGCUUUUAUAUAG